CCCGCCCCUGCCGGGGAGCCUCUGCGCUCUCCGCGCUUUGGGGCGGCGGGGGCGCACGGGGACUGCCCGGGACGGCGCGAUGGAGUCGAGCGGAGGCCGCGCGGAGGGCUCGGGCCGCGGCCCGCGGGUGCUGGUGGUGGGCAGCGGAAUCGCGGGGCUGGGCGCCGCGCAGAGGCUCUGCCGCCACCCGGCCUUCCCGCAGCUGCGGGUCCUGGAGGCCACUGCCCGCGCCGGCGGCCGCAUCCGCUCGGAGCGCGGCUUCGGUGGUGUGGUAGAGCUGGGUGCCCACUGGAUCCACGGGCCCUCACAGGGCAACCCGGUCUUUCAGCUGGCUGCCAAGUACCAGCUGCUGAGGGAGAAGGACUUGUCAGAGGAGAACCAACUGACCGAAACUGGGGGUCAUGUGGGCCUGCCCUCCGUGUCCUACGCCAGCUCUGGGGUAAGUGUGAACCGUGAGCUGGUAGAGGAGAUGGCGAGUCUGUUCUAUGGUCUCCUAGACCAGACUCGGGAGUUCCUACACGCGGCGGACGCCCCAGUGCCCAGUGUUGGGCAGUACCUCAAGAAGGAGAUCCGUCAGCGUGCGGCUGGCUGGACAGAGCAUGAGGAGACCAGGAAGCUCAAGCUGGCCGUCCUCAACAGCUUCUUCAACUUGGAGUGCUGUGUGAGCGGGACCCACAGCAUGGACCUGGUGGCCCUCGUGCCCUUCGGGGAGUACACCGUGCUGCCAGGGCUGGACUGCACCUUUCCUGGGGGCUACCAGGGGCUCACAAACCACAUAAUGGCCUCCUUGCCAGAGGACGUGAUUGUUUUUAACAAGCCUGUGAAGACCAUUCACUGGAGUGGGUCCUUCCAGGAAGCCUCGUCCCUCGGGGGGACGUUUCCAGUGUUGGUGGAGUGUGAGGACGGAGCCUGCUUCCCGGCACAUCACGUCAUCGUCACUGUGCCCUUAGGUUUUCUUAAAGAACAUCUGGACACCUUCUUUGAACCACCACUGCCCACUGAGAAGGCAGAAGCGAUCAGGAAGAUGGGCUUUGGGACCAACAAUAAAAUCUUCCUGGAGUUUGAGGAGCCUUUCUGGGAGCCAGACUGCCAGUACAUCCAGGUGGUAUGGGAGGACACGUCACCCCUGCAGGACGUCACGUCUGAGCUGCAGCACGUCUGGUUCAAGAAGCUCAUUGGCUUUUUGGUCCUGCCUUCCUUUGACAGGUCUGGCCACGUCCUCUGUGGCUUCAUCGCCGGGCUGGAGUCGGAGUUCAUGGAGACGCUGUCCGACGAGGACGUGCUUCUGUCUCUGACCCAAGUGCUUCGCAGGGUGACAGGAAACGCCCAGCUCCCUGCGCCCAGGAGUGUGCUGCGCUCCCGCUGGCACAGCGCCCCGUACACCAGGGGCUCCUACAGCUACGUGGCCGUGGGCAGCACCGGGGACGACAUUGACCAGCUGGCGCAGCCCCUGCCCACGGACGGCGCAGAGGCACAGCUCCAGAUACUGUUUGCAGGGGAAGCCACACAUCGCUCGUUUUACUCCACCACGCACGGGGCUCUGCUGUCUGGCUGGAGGGAGGCCGACCGGCUCAUCGCUCUGUGGGACCCACAGGCACAGUUGCCCGGGCCCUGGCUCUGAGUCCUGCUUCUCCCCUUCUGAGCCCAGCUCCGCCCCUCCAGUGCCACAGGGAGGCUGACACCGUCCUUUCCUCGGACAGACAGUGUCUGUCCUGGCUUGAGAUUUGGGGAUGUUAAUGACAGCCUGCCUUUUCUGGUGACUGGAGGAAGCUCUCAUCUUUCAUGUCCCUGAGUCUGGCCAGGGUCUCGCUAGAGCUGAGUGCGAAGUCUUCUUGGAGAAAUGAGGCCUGGGAGCCCCACUGCCGCCGGGGCAGGCACAUAAAGUCUGUUAACGCGU